ACGUGUGAGUGGAGCCGGCGGGCCGAUGGAGGGGUCCUAGGCCCGGAGGCGUGCCCUGUUCUGCCAGAGCGCAAGAUGGCGCUGCCGUUUGCACGUUCGCUGCCCCUGUGCCGGUGGGGAGCCAAACGAUUGGGGGUUGCUGCCGCAGAAGCCCGCAGAGGCAUCAGUUUCAAACUGGAAGAGAAAACCGCCCACAGCAGCCUGGCACUCUUCAAACAUGACACAGGUGUCAAAUAUGGCAUGGUGGGAUUGGAGCCCACCAAAUUGGCCCCGAAUGUGGAGCGCUUCCGGGAGUGGGCAGUGGUGCUGGCAGACACAGCGAUCACCAGUGGCAGGCACUACUGGGAGGUAACAGUGAAGCGCUCCCAGCAGUUCCGGGUAGGAGUGGCAGAUGUGGACAUUUCUCGGGAUAGCUGCAUAGGUGUUGAUGAUCGUUCCUGGGUGUUCACCUAUGCCCAGCGCAAGUGGCACACCAUGGUGGCCAACGAGAAAGCCCCUAUUGAGGGCAUCGGGCAGCCAGAGAAGGUGGGGCUGCUGCUGGAGUAUGAGGCCCAGAAGCUGAGCUUGGUGGAUGUGAGCCGGGUUGCUGUGGUCCACACUCUACAGACAGAUUUCCAGGGUCCAGUGGUACCUGCCUUUGCCCUUUGGGAUGGAGAACUUCUAACCCACGCAGGGUUUGAGGUGCCUGAGGGCCUCUAGUAUGUACAUCACUGGAGUCCCUACUCAUGCUCUUGGCCAACUUCCUCCUGAAAGCGUCUGAAACCUUUUAACUUCACCUCAACCCAUCUCUAGCUCCCACAAUUGAGUGUCAGGUCCUCUGUGCAAUAUCUUAGUUAUUUUCUUCUCCCCUACUUGUGAAAGCUAGGCUACUAUGAAUGUAUUUUUCUUGACUUGUUUCCUUCCGUCCUUCUAUCUUCCUGUGCUUAGGCCUUUCUCAGACUGUAUUCAGUCCUGGGGUCUUACCUUUCAGCUUUGUUUGAAUUCAUCACUAUGACACCUUUCUCUCCCUUUGCCCACGUGUAACUUCUGUUUGUUCUUGGGGUUCUACUGAAUUUCUCCACAGUAAAUCCUUUCUACCUCUGGCUGGAGGAGUGGUACAGUCAAUGACUUGGCCCUUUUUCUAAAGUACAUACAGAGUCUGGGCUCUGGCUCCCUCAGAAAGUGUUUUACCUCAAAGCUAGACUCUCAGACCCACACAGCUGCAGCUGUCCUCACCGUGAGUCCACCUGCCUUAAUCUGCACACCUCUGACACCUGGUCAGACCAUUGUAAUCAUUGGGCCAGUUACAACCAUUACCAAAGGGAAAGAAACACUUGGGGAAUAUCAAGGGGAUUGGUGCUGAAAACUUUAUUCUUGCAUUUUACCUUCAUUUCUGCUACAGUUGGAACUUACAGAGGGAAGAGACCUGAGGUCUUGCACAAUACAUUUUUGGACCUGCUCAGACCUAAGCCCUUACCUCCACCCCCACCUUGGCAGCAGAAUACAUUUAAUCUAAAGCAGUAUUAGGGGUUGAGGAAAACCUGGUGGGGUGAGCAUGUAUGUGAAAUAUGUAUGUCUCUGUCUGAUCCUGUGGUACCAUCUUAUUCUACCUUUAUGAUGGUGAUGCAACUGAAUGCCUCUAGGGGAGAAGGAGGACUGGGUUUAGCAAAAAUAAUCAUUUGUGUAAUUAAAGUUUAUUUGAGCACAAAAUACU